AUGAAUGUCCGAACAGCCAUGUUUCUCCCGCGGAGGUCGACUUGCUUCCAUGCGUCUGCAGUGGAUCUCCGAGGCUGGCCGUCCAGCAAGGCCCGAGCUUUCUCCACAACUAUGCACCGUGAUGCAACGUGGGGUUUUGUUGGAUUGGGGAAAAUGGGUUACCAUAUGGCCAACAACUUGCGCGCCAAGAUCCCUGCAUCUGACACCUUGAUCGUGCGCGACGUCAACGAAGAUGUUAUGAAACGAUUUGCUGCAGAGGCUUGGGAGACUGCACAGAGCAAUGGUGCGUGCCCCAAUGAAUGCCAAGUCGAGAUCGCUCAGAAUGCGCGCGAGGUGGCCGAGAAAUCGGUAGUCAUGGUAACCAGUCUCCCGGAGUCUCAACAUGUUAGCGAUGUAUUCCACUCUAUCCUCAAACAUGGGCCGCUGCCACCGCUCGAGCAGGAGCGUCUGUUUAUUGACGCAUCUACCAUUGACCCUGUCACAUCCAAGGAUAUUGCAAACACCAUCCACACCACGCAAACCGGUCGCUUCGUGGACGCCCCCGUAUCAGGAGGCGUGGUUGGUGCUCGUGCGGGAACGUUGUCAUUCAUGUUCGGCGCCUCUUCGCAAUCAGAUGAAAUGCUUGAGCGUAUCCGCAGUGUGCUCGCUUUAAUGGGUAAGAAGGCCUGGCAUCUUGGUGAGCCCGGUGCCGGCGUGUCUGGCAAGCUCGCCAAUAACUACAUUUUGGCUCUGAACAAUAUCGCUACUGCCGAGGCUAUGAACCUCGGUGUUCGCUGGGGACUCGAGCCGAAGGCCUUGGCAGAAAUGAUCAAUUCUUCUACCGGUCGUUGCUGGCCCUCUGAAAUUAACAAUCCCGUUCCAGGUGUUGUUGAGACAUCCCCUGCGUCGCAUGGGUAUGAGGGCGGAUUCGGGGUGAGUCUCAUGCACAAGGAUCUUCGCUUGGCUCUUGCGGCUGCCGAGCAGUCUAAUACUCCUCUUGCCCUGGGUACCCAGGCUCGCGAGGUUUAUCAGGCUGUGGAGGAAGAGCAUCGUGGCAAGGAUUUCUCGGUGGUAUACAAGUGGUUACAGGAGAAGUCUCAAUAA